CUCAUUAUGUGCCGGGUACAGUGCUCAACAAGGGUAUGGGGUUGGGGGUUGGGGGUUGGGAGCUGGGAGUGGAGAAUCAAUCUUUGCCUUCCAGGAGCUUCCAAUCUCAUGAUUCAGACAGCCUGGAAAUAAUUAGGUCUACACAUGCUCCAUACAGUAGAUAAAAAGUAACCUGAAAAUGGAAGGCUCUGGCAGCUGAGCCUUGGGAGGAUUUGCAGCCCAUCCUGCUUUUAGAACAGUGGUAAUCAAUAAAGGAAAUGUGAUAAAAAAAAAAGAAAGAUGGAGGCCCAAAUGGAGACCCAAAAAAGAUCUGCGCAAGCAUGAUCGGAACAGAACCAAAAUUAUUGAAACAAUAAAAUUAUCGCAAAGAUAAUGACCAUCAAUAAAGCAGAGUCACAUUUAUGUAUGACAGCUUAAGUAGUUCUUGGAAGUCAAUUGAUUUUCCUUCCUUCCCUAACCCAUCUCCAAUUUAUGACAAGGAUGCAAACAAAGCGAAAGUGUAAAGAACAAAACAAAACAAACAGCAAAAUAAAAACAGCCUUUGAGGGCUUGGGUCCAUGUCAGAAAUGGAGGCAGAACGUCGCUGACUCUGGCUUUGGGAAUUAACUGUCCUUCGUGCUCAGACCCCUCUGGGAAAUAGUAAAGGUCUGAGGGGCAGGAGAUGAGAACUCCAAUUUUUUGUCAGAAGCUCAGACAAUGGUUACAAUAUAAUGAAGACUUUUUCUGAAUGUAAACGACCCCUUCUUAAAAUGUAUAAAAUGAAGGAAAUUAAUUAUCCUAAUUAUGUCUUAUUAAUCCUCAUUAGAACCCUAUUAAGUUCAUUUAAUUGGGUUAAUGAAAAGAGAAACGCUGGUCAGCUCCUUUAAAUCAAAUGUCAUCAGAGAGGGGGCAAUUUCUCAACACCCAACUCAAAAUUCAUUGUGUUCUUUCCAAUACAGGCCACGGCUCGGAGCAGUAGGCCAUUCCUUGGCCUUUGGAGAAGCUUCCUAUCCAACACAGAGCAGCGGGCCAUUCGCUGUGCUUUGGGCCCCUCCCCGGGACUGGGCCGAAACUCUCCUUCAGAACUGAGAGACUCAGACACAUGGUUCUGGUUGGAGACUGGAAGAGAUGCUUUGAAUAGAUGAGUCACAGUCAUUUCAGUCUGUCUCUCAAUCUCAGUUUCCUUAUCUCUAAAUUGGGCUUAAUAAUCAUAAUGGCAGUAUGAGAAAAGGCGAAGGGCAGAGAGUCUGGAAUAAGGUGAAUGUGAGUCCUGACUCUUUGGGAUGUGUAACCAUGGGCAGAUCAUGGAAACUUUCUGGACCUCAGUUUCCCCAAAUGCAAGAUUUGGGAGGAGGGGGUGGAUUAAAGGUACUCUAUGGUCUUUCUGAGUAAUUUUUCCAAGUACAAAAAUCAUGAUUUUUUUAUAAAGGCACUUUAGGAAUCUGAGAAGGCUGAGUUCUAGAAUAUAGUUAUGGGUGGGGGGAGGUACGGAUUUCGGAUUUCAGUCCUGGUGCACAUGGGAAAAAACGAGUGAACCAUCUGGAGUUUUGCUCUGCUCCUACCUGGUGGCCUUGGAUAAGACACUUAGAUUCACAAUCACUUCCCUGAACUUCAGUUUUCUGCAAUAAAAUGAGGAGUUUGGCCUGGGUCCCUUGCACCCCUCCAGACUCCCCGGGAGGAUUUUUAUCCCAAAUGGGCCUCUACAGCAGGGUCAGCCCCGGGCUGCUAUCUGUUCCGCAAGAAAGGGAAGGAGGAAGAGGAGGAGUGGCUAGAGUGGGGAGAUGGUAGGGAGGUAGUGAUUGGAGAGGAGGAGGAGGGAGGAGACUGUAUUGGAACCAUAACAUUAGAUUCAGGCUUCCCAGGGAGCAGGAAAUGUUGCUGGGAUUCUAUAGGAAAAUAAACCGAAGACCUGAGUGGGUACAGUAACUGCCGGGCUGACUGUCUCCUCUGGAAGCUGUGGCUGGGAGUGGGAAGGGGGGCGAUAGAAAGAAGAAUAUGUUCCCUCAAGUCUGACCCUGUGAUCCCAUUUGGGGCCAUUUCCUUGUCUGGUUACUUGUGAGGAGACUGACUUGCCCAGGGUCACCUGGCUAAUGAGUGUCUGAGGCCAGACUGAGCCUCUCUGUGAGUCCAGUUCAGCGUCCUGUACCACUUAAGAGGCCGGGACUCCUCUCCAAGGGGAAGUCCUUGGGCACGGAGCAGGGAGGAAUCAGAGACAUCAUCACCCUCCUGAACCGGACUCUCCCUGUACAUGAACUUAUUCGAUGCUGGUCCUCUACAAUCUCACAAUGGAGGCUCAGGGAGGCCGGGCUUGCCCCAAGUCUCCAGGGUAGCAAAUGGGAGGCUGGGGUUUGAGGGCAGGCCCUCAGCCUCCUCUUCUUUGUAGCCUCCAGCUCCUGUUUCUUUCCUGAAUGUUUCUAUGAAAAGGAACCACUUCCAACUUUAAAACCACUUUGCUUGUGGGUAAAUGAGAGGGGCUCCCUGGCCCUGGGGGCUCUGGGACCAGUCUGGGAGCAAGGAUCACAAGGAGAAGGGUAAGGGGUGGGGAUCAUGCCAAGAUGGGGGCCGUCCCCCAGCUCCCCUCAUUAUUAUUGACUGCCCAUUGCCCACCUCCCAUCCACAACUGUCUCAGAAUUCAGAAAGAGGAGGGAUGGCUUCGGCUGCAGAGCCAUUGUGACCCCUGACUUUUCCUCCAGGGAAAGAGUUUAAGGAAGUGGGGCUUGGAGGAUCUUUGCUGCCCAGAUCGAGGCUGGAUGAGGGAGGGCAGGAGGAGGCAGCUGGGCAGGAGGCCCGGGGAAGUUGGGAGAUCGAGCAGCCAAGUUGGGGCCGGGGCAGCCUGGGCCAAAGUGUGUGUGGGGUGGGGGGGAGGGAAGGAGGGACCGUUCUGGCCCGCUCGGACCAGAAGGUCCUAGAGAGAGGCGCAGGCCCUGCAGGGAUGGGUCGCCGGGCGUGCCCAUGAUGGCAACUCUUCCAGGACUAGAUGGAGGAUCUCCCCGAUCCUCCUUCCUCCUGCAGUCCAGGCUUCCUCUCCCUCACUCCGGAAAGGCAGGCUCGCUGGCCGCCCCGCUCCCGUUCCCGCCUCCCCUUUCACGUAGCUUGGCCAGCGCCUUCCUCUUCCUCCCUCCUCCACUCCCUCUUUUCCCUUCCUCCUUUGUAGGCAGCCUCCCCUCCUCUUCCUCUCAGGAAGCUCGGUGGCCGGCCUCCCUGCCUCCAGCGGAGGUCACAGGACUGCAGCUUCCACAGCCUCCUCCCCCCCAGCCCGUCCCUCCCGCCCCCCGUCCCCCCAGCCCGCCGCGGCCCCCGCGCCUCCGGGGCACCCUCCUUCUCCAGCCCUUACAAGGACAAAUCUGCCGAGGGGAAAGUCAGGAAUUCGGGGCCCUGACGUCAGCCCCCAGCGCUCCGGGCACUCGGAGCCCGGGAGACUGGGGGAGGGGGUGGGGAGGGGAUGGGAUGGGAUGGGAUGGGGAGGGGGGGAAGGAAGGAAGGAGGGGAAAGGCACCAACCAGCGGCGGCUCCGGCUCGGCUCGCCUGCCCAAGUUUCACUUUUUCGCUGGGGGUUGCUCCCGAGCCGAGGGUGAGGUUCCCCGGGACUAACUAGCUUAAGUAGAGCGGGCGGAGGCCGGCGCGCGCGGCAAGGGCUUGAAGAGAAUUCUCAGGUGCCAUUUGGUGCGAGAGACCCGGAGGAAGCUCACAGAGGUCAGCUGCUCUUCCACCCAGAUUUUCCUUUAUUGGGCCGCCUUCUUUGAUCAGAGACAUCACCGCUGUGAGCAGUCAUCUGCUGAAUCUGGUGUCCCUGGACCUUUGCCGUCACUACCACUGCUGACCCUCUGAGUACCAGUCAUGUCUCACCCUUCGUGGCUGCCCCCCAAGAGCACCGGGGAGUCCCUUGCUCACGCACCUGCUCGGAUGGAGACGACACAUUCGUUUGGGACGCCCAGUAUCUCCGUGUCCAUGCAGCAGACACCCAAGAAGUUUGCUCCGGUGGUCGCCCCCAAGCCCAAAUACAAUCCCUACAAGGCGCCUGGCGCCGAAGGUGACUUUCUGCCCCCUCCGCCUCCCCCUCUGGAUGACAUUGGCAGCGUGGCCCCUGGCUCGGGCUCCUUCCCCCCGCCUCCGCCGCUGGAUGAAGGUGUUUUCAACGUGCAGGUGAAUCCUGGGAGCAAGACCCUCGAAGAACGCCGCUCCAGCUUGGAUGCAGAGAUUGACUCCUUGACCAGUAUCCUGGCCGACCUCGAAUGCAGCUCCCCUUACAAGCCGAGGCCGCAGCAGGGAGCUGCCGUUCCCACGGCCUCGCCUCCGGUCUCCACGCCCGUCACGGGGCACAAGCGAAUGGUCAUCCCCAACCAGCCGCCUCUGACGGCCACCAAGAAGUCCACCUUGAAGCCCCAGCCGGCGAGCCAGCCCUCGCCCAUCCCCGUGGCUCCCAUAGGAAUGCUGAAGCCCCAGCCCCACCCGCAGCCGGUGCCGGCCUCCUACGCCACCGCGUCCACGCCGUCCAGGCCCACUUUCAACGUGCACGUGAAGUCGGCUCAGCCCAGCUCUCACUACAUGCCCGCGGUCUCGCCCGGACAGUACUACAGCUCGGGACCGAGCCACGCCUAUGCCCCUCAGGCCCCCGCCGCCCCCGGGCCCGCUCAUUACGCCCCGCCACCAUCCCGGGGCGGCCCGGACUACGGCUACGGUCCAGCCGCUGGCCGUCAGCCGGAGCCUGCCUAUGGCUAUGCGCCCAAUCAAGGCCGGUACCAUGAUCCUUACUACCCGGGCUAUGGGGGAAGAAACGGUUCUGAACCAAGUUACGGGCAGCAGAACACCUGGAAACCGGAGCCGGGUUACGCUCCUCCUCCGGCGGGGCCCCAGAAUCCUGCAGGGAUGUACCAACCCCCAGAGCCCAAGAAGACGUACAUCACUGAUUCCGUUCUGGCUCCCCAGGCCCCGGCCCCCCAGCAGCCCAAGGGUGGCCAUCCUGGUCCCGGGGGCCCUGUUUCUGGCCCGUCCUUCCGCCCAGAGGAUGAACUGGAGCAUCUCACCAAGAAGAUGUUGUAUGACAUGGAGAACCCCCCCUCUGAUGAAUACUUUGGCCGCUGUGCCCGCUGUGGGGAGAAUGUUGUUGGCGAGGGCACCGGCUGUACCGCCAUGGACCAAGUCUUCCACGUGGACUGCUUCACCUGCAUUGUCUGCAGCACCAAGCUCCGCGGGCAGCCCUUCUAUGCUGUGGAGAAGAAGGCCUACUGUGAGCCCUGCUACAUAAACACCCUGGAGCAGUGCAACGUGUGCGCUAAGCCCAUCAUGGAGCGGAUCCUGCGGGCCACGGGGAAGGCCUACCACCCCCACUGCUUCACCUGCGUCAUGUGCCGCCGCAGCCUGGACGGGAUCCCCUUCACCGUGGAUGCCGGCGGCCACAUCCACUGCAUCGAGGACUUCCACAAGAAAUUUGCCCCUCGAUGCUCAGUGUGCAAGGAGCCGAUCAUGCCUGCCCCAGGCCAGGAGGAGACCGUCCGUAUUGUGGCCUUGGAUCGGGAUUUCCAUGUGCAGUGCUACCGAUGUGAGGACUGCGGGGGCCUCCUGUCCGAAGGAGACAAUCAGGGCUGCUACCCCUUGGACGGCCACAUCCUCUGCAAGACCUGCAACUCGGCCCGCAUCCGCGUCCUGACCGCCAAGGCCAGCACUGACCUCUGAGAAUUGCUGAUGUCCGUUGUCUCCGAGGGGGAGGGGG